AUGUGCAGGGCUGUUUGGUUAAAGCGAGCCCGGAGAAAACGACGAAAUAGGGAGAUAUAUAUGCAAUUCCACCUAAGGGGCAAUAUGGGCAAAGGGACACCCUUCCCAGGUAGCUUGAUUCUAUCCCUCAAAGGAAGCUUAGGCAUGCAAACGAUAGGCAGAGGAGAUGCCGAGAUUUUAACACGUGACUGGAAGCUUUCGGGGCCAUUGCCAUAUAUUCAUUGGCCAAUAAAGUACCGUUAUCCUAAUGUAUACGCACCUCACGUGUCAAAUGCCACCAGAUCUAGGUCAUCUACCCCAGCUGGUCAGGCAACGAUAUUACUUUGA